UUUAUUUGAUUUUCGAUUUCCGUGUCAAGCAAGCAUCGAUCCAACACAGCACCAACUGCACACUCACUCAAUUUCUUUACCAAUGGGCAAACCCAAUUUUUAAUUUUUCUUGUAAAUCCCUCCUUUUCGUGCCUUUAAUUUGCCAAACUUUGCUUGUAUUCUAAUCUUCUGUUAUCAUUUCCUAUCAAACCUAACAUAAUUAUUUUUUAUUUACUUGCAAUCAUCUCAGAUUUUCAAUUUUUCUGUUCAAAAGAGAGAGCACACAGUAAUUAACUCGAAAGAUUUGUUUUUUGGGUAAUAAUAUAUCUGGGAGUGAAGAUGGGACAAGAGGUGGUUGCGGCGGCAGUGGUUCGGACGCCGGCGCCGACAUCUUUGGCUCCGGGGUUCAGAUUUCAUCCGACCGAUGAGGAGUUAGUGAGGUACUAUCUGAGAAGAAAGGCCUGUGGAAAGCCCUUUCGAUUUCAGGCCGUUUCUGAAAUUGAUGUUUACAAAUCUGAACCCUGGGAACUUGCCGACUAUUCGUCACUGAAGACUAGAGAUCUAGAAUGGUACUUUUUCAGCCCUGUGGAUAGGAAGUAUGGUAAUGGAUCAAGGCUCAAUCGUGCCACUGGCAAAGGGUACUGGAAAGCCACCGGGAAGGAUCGGCCUGUGCGUCAUAAAAAUGAAACUAUUGGAAUGAAGAAAACCCUAGUUUUCCAUAGUGGUCGUGCUCCUGAUGGCAAGAGAACAAAUUGGGUAAUGCACGAGUAUAGACUAGCUGAUGUAGAAUUGGAAAGGGCCAGAGUAGUACAGGAUGCAUUUGUGCUAUGUAGAAUUUUCCAGAAGAGUGGUUUAGGACCACCCAAUGGGGACCGAUAUGCUCCUUUUAUUGAUGAGGAAUGGGAUGAUGAGGCGGCCCUUGUCAUUCCUGGAGGAGAAGCUGAAGAUGAGCUGGCCAAUGGUGAUGAAGCACGAGAUGGGGGCAACGACAAUGACCAGGAAAAUAACUCUCUCAGCAUGGUUCCUCUCCAAAUUGAGAAUCCAACUGAGUCGCAAAGUCUUUCGUUUGUUUGCAAGAGGGAGAGGUCAGAGGAUCCUGAACUCUCUCUGGCUCAAAGUAGAAGAUCGAAGCAAGGUGAUCCAAAUGCGAGCCAUGCAAAUGGAUCCGAAGAUUCAACUACAACUAGCCAGGAACCACAAACAAUGAUAAUGACGACAAAUUCCUCCCGUGCACUUUUGGAAUUUCCUCUAGUAGAAUCCAAAGAAAGUCAUCAAGUCAACCCUCCUACAUUCGAUUCGUCCAAUCUUGAGAAAUCUGUGCCUCCUGGAUAUUUAAAAUUUAUCAACAAUUUAGAGAAUGGGAUCCUAAAUGUUUCCAUGGAAAGGGAGACACUUAAGAUCGAAGUGAUGAGAGCCCAAGCCAUGAUUAAUGUUCUUCAGUCACGCAUUGAUCUCUUGAGCAAAGAGAACGAGGAUUUAAGAAGACUUAUCCGAGAGGGCUAAGAUUCUAGUUUUGGCUCGAACUUGUGUAAGAUUCUCCAGUUGCGUAUGGUAUCUGGGAAAAGAAGAUGAGUAAUGGAUCUUCCGAGACAUCUUAUCUGUUUGUAGCACCUGCAUUACCUUCAUAUAGUUUUUUAAUGUAAUAUGAUGUAAUGUAACAUCUACCAUCUUGAUGCUUAUGACUUCUUUAUGAACUAAAUAAGGGUCGAAUUCUGAACUCUUGAUUGUUU